AUGUUCUUCUCUCACUUCAUUGCCCUUGCUAUGGCUACGAGUGUUGCUCUCGUCAGUGCCGGCCCAGCGCCUACCACAGACACCUGCAACGUCAAUGCUGCUAUCUAUAGCUUGACUGGGUUCAAUGGCCGUCGCAAGGAACUCCCAAUUGAUGCUGAGUGCAACCCGCUGGCUGAUCCAUUCGUUACCUCCGUUGGAUCCGUGAAGUUACCCCGCGGUGCCCUGUGCCAAUUCUAUUCCGAUGAAAAUUGCGAAACCAGCACUUCUAUCGUCUCUUCUCGCAGUGUUCCAGAUGCCUUCAAGCAUGAUGGCCGUCAAACUAAGAGCAUCAAAUGUCUCUAUAUCCCCGAAGAGGGUGAGAAGCCUGCCGAACAGGGGGACAGCGAGAGCGGAUAG